CACAUCAUCGGAGUCGUAAUCAUAUCAUUUUUGUUUUUGUGCGAAGAUAGGUUUAGAAUAAAUUUUUUGCCGUGGGUAGAUGAAAAUUGGAGGAGUAACAUAAUAAAUCAAGGCAAAAAAUAGUAAACACGCAAGAGAUUAUAACAAAGUGCUUCGGUCAUGGCCAGCGGUACAACCCUCCAAAAAGCCAUCGAUUUGGUGACUCGAGCCACUGAAGAAGAUCGCAAUAAAAACUAUGCUGAGGCUUUACGUUUGUAUGAACAUGGUGUGGAAUAUUUUCUGCAUGCCAUUAAAUACGAGGCUCAAGGUGAAAAGGCUAAAGAUUCCAUAAGAGCCAAAUGUUUGCAAUAUUUGGAUAGGGCAGAAAAGCUUAAGGAAUAUUUGAAGAAGGGCAAGAAGAAACCCGUAAAGGAAGGUGGUGAUUCAAGCUCCAAGGAUGACAAAGACAAGAAGAGCGACAGUGAUUCGGAUGGCGAAGAUCCCGAAAAGAAGAAACUUCAAAGCAAGCUAGAAGGUGCCAUUGUUAUUGAAAAGCCCCAUGUUAAAUGGUCUGAUGUUGCCGGCUUGGAUGCAGCCAAAGAGGCUUUGAAAGAAGCUGUAAUUUUACCCAUUAAAUUUCCUCAUCUCUUCACUGGCAAACGUAUACCCUGGAAGGGUAUUUUGCUCUUUGGUCCACCCGGUACUGGUAAAUCCUAUCUGGCUAAGGCUGUUGCGACAGAGGCCAACAAUUCAACAUUCUUCUCUGUAUCCAGUUCCGAUUUAAUGUCGAAAUGGUUGGGUGAAUCUGAGAAACUUGUCAAGAAUCUCUUUGAGUUGGCACGCCAGCAUAAGCCCUCCAUUAUAUUCAUCGAUGAAAUCGAUUCAAUGUGUUCGGCCCGUUCGGACAAUGAGAAUGAUAGUGUGCGUCGUAUUAAAACAGAAUUUCUUGUUCAAAUGCAAGGCGUGGGCAAUGACACCGAUGGCAUUUUAGUAUUGGGUGCCACCAAUAUUCCGUGGGUUUUGGAUUCGGCCAUUCGCCGACGUUUUGAGAAACGUAUUUAUAUACCAUUGCCGGAGGCACAUGCCCGCCUAGUGAUGUUCAAAAUCCAUUUGGGUAAUACAACGCAUGUUUUGACAGAACAGGAUCUAAAAGAGUUAGCUGGAAAAACAGAUGGUUACUCCGGCGCCGAUAUAUCGAUUGUGGUUCGUGACGCUCUUAUGGAACCAGUUAGAAAAGUUCAGACAGCUACUCACUUUAAACGUGUAAGUGGACCCUCGCCUGUAGACAAAGAAGUUCAAUGUGAUGACCUAUUGGUACCUUGUUCACCUGGUGAUGAUGGAGCCAUAGAAAUGAGUUGGGUUGAUGUACCCGGUGAUAAAUUGUUUGAGCCGCCCGUUACAAUGCGCGAUAUGUUGAAAUCAUUGUCCCGCACGAAACCUACCGUCAACGACGAUGACUUAAUUAAGCUUCGUAAAUUCACAGAAGACUUUGGCCAGGAAGGCUAAGCUUUUAGAACAAAUCGAAAGAAACGGGUUAAAUUAAUGUUAUGAUUAAAAACAAUCUAUGUAUUCGAAAGUAAAAAACUAAGCUCUUAUUAUUGUUUUAUACGUCGUAUUUUAUUUAAUGGCCAUUGUUGUGUUUUCAAGUCCCAGCCUCCGCCCUCAAAAAGAUUUAAAAAAGCGCUUUUGUUUUCUUGUUUUUUUUUGUUUGUUUCAUUUUCUAUAUCUUAUAAAGCAUAGCAAAUAACAACAACAACAAGUCCUCAUACUAAGAGUGUUGAUAAAUUAGCAAAGAAAUUGUUUAAAAUAUAUGUAUAUUUUUAUACUAUGGCCCUAUAUUCUGUAUGAUAACAAAAAAACCAGAAAAAAACUAUUCAUCAAGGAUGAGAAGCAGCAAGGGCGUUUAUACAGGAAUAAAAGGAGGAGAGAUAAACUUUUAAGCCUUUUUGAUAUGCAUGUUAUAAGCCAUUUAAAUCAAUAAUUUGUAUAAGUAGCUUGCUUUUUUUUUAUUUGACCAAUAUACAUAUACCAAGAACAACAACAACAACCAGCCGCCAUGAGCAAACAACUACAAAAAAACUAUAAUCGGGCCUUUUUGAAAUUUGUAAAAUCACUUUUCUAUUAGAUUUUAAAUAAAGCGGAAUUAUUACAUAC